AUGUCUGUCAGGGCCUACGUCAUGAUCACGGCCAACACGCCGUGCGAUCUGAAGAUGCAGGUGAUGGGUCUGUCCGUGGACGACAUUCCGCCCGGCGACUCAGCAUGGUUCCGCGACGCCGUCGAGCGCCACGACCUGCACUUCAGCUACCAGGACGGGGAGAUCGAGUACCUGUGCCCGCACGAGGACGAGGACGCCGCCGCCACCAACUUCAAGCGGGGCAUCUUGUCGGCUCUUCAGGUCUCUGUGAUCAACGUGGACGACGCGUUCGAGGUGGUGUUGCAGGAGGUACGACCCCCUGGCUCUGAGGCAGCGGGACCAGAGCUGCCAGAUGUUCCGCAGCGAGAGCGCGUGGGAGCGCGUGGAGUGCGUGGAGGAGGUCGCGUCGAAGGCCCGUUCCCGUCCCUGCUGGAGCAGUCCGCACUCGCCUCGCUCACCGUCACCUCCAGUCUGCACCUCCAGGCAGGGCCAGAGGAGGCGCCAGGACCUUUUUAUGAAGGAGAAUAUCUGAAGAGAAGGGAGUCCCUGCGCAUGGACCUGAAGGGGGCCGUUGAUUCGUCCGAGACUCGACAUCACGUUGACUCUGCCGUUCGCGAUCAGAUUGACGUGACCCUGGAGUACCUGGCGGCAACAGUGAUACCAGAUUCCGGUCUCGAGGAAGGGCGGCCUCACGCUUUUUCUAACUUGGUGAACCUCCUGGGCCGCCUUCGCACAGAAGGAGACCUCGACAACCUGUGGGAAGCCAACUGGCAACGGGAUAAUUACAAAGAGUUCCUGCUGGACGCUCUUCUGCUCUGCGACGGGCCGCACUGCUUCCGCCUGGUGACCCACCUGGCAGAGGAUCCGAACAACCUCUUCGACUCGAGGCUCAGGGCUUGGCUUGCAGGAAUUCACUUCCACGCUAACACCGACCCUGAAUCCGUCCAGUAUCUCAUGGAAUUAGCGCGCACCAAACCAUCUAUGGAGGACGAAAUUGUGAUGGCAGCUUCGAGCAUAGUACACCGUCUCUGUCUGCAAGAUCGUGAAGACGAAUGCCAGGGAGCUAAACCAUUCCUAGAGUACGUGCAGGAAAAGAUUGGAAGCAAGUGUGGCUAUGGAGAGGACAGGCAGCGUCAGAACAAAGUGAAGGUCAUGUUGCGGGCACUUGGAAACGCAGGGGUACUUCCCUAUGAGGGCUUCCCUGACAUGUGCUACCUGAACAAAAUGCAUAACAGUGAGCUGCGUGUAGCUGCCCUGCAAACCUACAGGCGAAGUGGAUGCCCCGCUACAGAGGCUCCGUGGAAGAUCCUGGAAGACAGUCAAGAUGACGUCGAGGUUCGGUUGGCAGCUUACCUCGCUAUGGUUCCCUGCGCCACUGAAACCCCUGGAUUUUUCACUAGAAUCCAUCAGCUUCUGGAGCGCGAAGAGGUCAAUCAAAUUUAA